AUGGGAGUUGGAAAGACAAAAGGAGGACCCGCAACGGUUCGGCUGACCGAGGGGCCUAUAUAACCUGGUAAGGCGCCGCGAUGGCGAUCUUUCUUGGGUUCUUGUUCCCUUAACGAUUUCGAUCGUCUGCCGCUCGUUUGCCUAUUUUUGACUGUAUAUAUAUAUGUAUAUACAUACACGGUAACCAACCCAACCGUUAAUAUGAAGGCCUCCGCCGUUUUAUUCGCUUCGGCGGUCUCUGCCGCGUCGAUCCCAUCCGUCCCGCAGAUUCAAGGUCUGCCUUUGUCUCAGUUCGGAGGUGUCCAUGCCAUCUCGAUUGAGGAUGCCAUCAACAAGUUGGACUUGCUAGGUACCAACUUCAGCGCCCUACCCAUCUCGUUCGACGGAGAACCUCUCUUCUCGCUCGCCGAAGAGAAAGCUACAGCUAGCACGGCCAGCACGAACGCCGCUGCCGACACGGGCGACUGCGCCAACCCGAACGUUCGCUACGAAUGGGACCAUUAUUCGGCCUCGGACAAGCAGGCCUUCGUGGACGCCAUCCAGUGCUUGAUCAAUAAGCCGCCAUCCGGAAACUUCUCGCCCUCUAAGAACCGGUACGAGGACUUCGUGCGUCUACACCAGUCGUACUCGCCCAACAUUCACAGCAAGAGCACCAGCCAGCAGACUCACAAGUUCCUGCUGUGGCACCGUUACUAUGUCUGGGCCCUAGAACAGGUUAUGCGCGACGAAUGCGGCUUCAACAGGGCUUUCCCAUGGUGGGACGAGAAGAAGUGGGCCGGCAAGUUCUCCCAGGCCACCAUCUUCACCAACCAGUACUUCGGUAACCUGCCCGGUGCUACCAAUGGUGCUGCUACUUGCAUCAACAGCGGCCGAUUCUCUGGAAUGCAACUCAGUCUCGGACCUGGCAUGACUACCAACAACCCCCACUGCCUCCAGCGUGCUGUUAACGAGCAGACUACUGCUCAGACCGGUAUCGAUUCCUGGAACACGUGCAUGUCGCGUACUUCUUACCCCGACUUCCACAGUUGCGUUGAGUUCACUUUCCACGCUCAAGGCCACAACGGUAUGGGUGGUAUCAUGGCCGAUGCCAUUGCCUCUCCUGGUGACCCGGCAUUCUUCAUGCACCACCUAUUCGUUGACUACGCUUUCCGCAAGUGGCAGAUUGACGACGUCAGCCGACGCACCACCAUCAGCGGUUGCGCCGACAACGUUAACUGCUCGCCCCUGACCCUCGACACCAUGGUCUACAUGGGUAACAUUUGCGGUGCCAAGUGCCCUGACCUUAAGGUCCGCGACAUCCUUAACACUCUUCAGGGCCACCUCUGCUACCGGUACGACUACUAGAGACGGACGUACCUUAUGAUGCGACGGGAAUCGGACACCUUCAUUAUGUAUAGAGUCACAACGACAAGUAUAUAUCCUAGUCAUUAAUGUCUUUGUAAUUAGAAAGAAAACCCAACAAGAAGCCAUAACCCUUACAUUCGUUUCAAUUUGUCUGUUCGCCUCCAAUGUACAUAGCUAUCUCCGGUGACGUGACACAAUCGCUGUAUGUAACCGCGACAACUCACGAUGAUAUAUGAAUUUUCUACCUCUACCGACAUGCUGUGAAGGUAACCUGCACUCAAUUAAUAUACUAAACUUCCGAUCGCGAGAAUAAGCGCAGCUCAUGGACGAAAGUGUUUACGGUGAAGGACCAUCAAGAUUCACCGAAAUCGCAUUUUCUACUCCACAGGCAGCAAACCGAUGCUUCCUACAAGGUACGACCUGGAUACGGCUCUAUCAUGAACUGUUGGACAAGAAAAUGUAGUGGUUAUUUUUAGGGUUGUCCUAGCUUACACAACAUUAACGCCGUGUACUACUCCUACCGUAUUGGGCAUAUAGGAAGGAUCACACUCGUAGGAACGAUAAGAAACGGCGGUGACAACACUUUAAUUUAAAUUACACAUAUUCCUAUUCCUUACUUAUAAAUCAUAGCAG